AGACAGGUCAAAGGGCCAUGCAGAAAUGACCCAAGUGUUACAGUUGAUGACCUGUUGACCCCUUGCUCACCUGGUGCCCCCGGGGCCAUAGAGAUGAGCUGGAAGGAUGUGCCAAGUGAUAAGUUAUUGGAGCCCAUUGUGUCAAAAGUAUGUUGUUUUUUUCCAGUUUAAGUAUAAUAUAUACAGAGCUCAAUUAAUCAUUGGUUAAAAUUGUGAAUGUUGUAUGUUUUGACAGAGUUGUGUCCAACUUUGCAAAUUUGAAAAAAGUUGUAUUUUAAUUCGCCAUCUGAUUUUUAAAAAAAUAUAUACGUCUAAUUUUUCUGUAUUUGAUAAUGUUCCUAAUCUCUAAAUAAUGUUCUUACUACCAAAGUUAUGAAUUUUGAUUGACAUCCUCUCUAAAUAUUUUGAAUCCAAAUAAUUUUUUUUAAAAUAUUGAAAAUGUAAAAAAAUAUUUUAAAAAUUUCUAAAAGAACACAUAGGCCACAAAUGCCUUUUUAAAAAAAAGAAAGGAGCAGCUGUUAAAUUACCUAAAAGGUCAAUGACAAAUUUUGUUUUUGAGUUCAUUCAUGAUUUAAUUGUGAAAGCGUACAAGUGUACAAAUAUUUGGCCAAGGAUUGAGCGGAAAGUUUACUCCUCCUUCCAGAAUGACAUGUUGAUGGCCAUCAACAACUCCAAGGCAACUGUAAGUAGUGAGGAUUUGAAGAAACUACAAAAGUUCACAAAUGAUUUUGGCAUGGAAGGCUAA